CUCUUGAGCCUUCUGCCCCGGACUCGCGCUUCGUCCUUUCGUCCCCCUUCCGAAAGGAGUACCCUUCCCUUCACCCCGCACCUGGCACGUGAACUUCUUACCUGAGGACUGUAAAGACUAACUAGUUUGAAAAUGGAAAACCAAGAACGAGUGAAUUCUUCUCAAAACAUCAAACAGUCUAUUAUCUCAGAGGAGUUAAUUGCAGAAGGAAAAUGGGUCAAGCUUGAAAAAACAACUUACAGGGAUCCUACUGGUAAAACAAGAACUUGGGAAACGGUGAAACGGACGACCAGGAAAGGACAGUCAGCUGAUGGUGUGUCGGUUAUCCCAGUGCUGCAGAGAACUCUCCAUUAUGAAUGUAUCGUUCUGGUGAAGCAGUUCCGACCCCCCAUAGGAGGCUACUGCAUAGAGUUCCCCGCAGGUCUCAUAGAUGAAAACGAGAGCCCGGAAGCAGCGGCUCUUCGGGAGCUUGAGGAGGAAACUGGCUAUAAAGGUGAUGUUGCCGAAUGUUCUCCAGCUGUAGGGAUGGAUCCAGGUUUGUCAAGCUGUACCACGCACGUCGUUACAGUAACCAUUAAUGGAGAUGAUGCUGAAAACGUCCGACCUAAGCCAAAGCCAGGAGAAGGAGAAUUCGUGGAAGUAAUUUCCUUACCAAAGAAUGACCUGCUGAAGAGACUGGAUGCUCUGGUAGCCGAAGAACAUCUGACAGUAGACGCCAGGGUCUAUUCCUAUGCUCUGGCGCUGAAACAUGCAAACACAAAGCCAUUUGAAGUGCCCUUCCUGAAGUUUUAAGGCCAAAGGACAGUGGCCGUGUUUUUGUAAACAAGACCACCAAGCCUCCUUCACUAAGAGUUUGUAUCCAGCUUAGUCUAAUGUAGAUUUCCAAUUAGUUUUUUCAUAAAAUAAAAGCAAUACAGAAUGCA